AGAUUUUGGGGGCUUUGACCUUGAAUGCAUAUUCUUCUGAAAUUGAAAGCUAGAUUUGUGGGCUUUAACAUGAUUGCUGACUUCAUCAUGAUGUGACUUUGUAGCUAGUGGAAGCGAUGAUGGUAGAUGGUUUAUCUGGGAAAAGAAAACUGGUAGAUUGAUAAAAAUGCUUAAAGGCGAUGAAGCUGUUGUAAACUGUGUGCAGUGCCAUCCAUUUGAUUGUGUUGUGGCUACCAGUGGGAUCGACAACACUGUAAAGAUUUGGACUCCAAGUGCUUCGGUUCCUUCCAUUGUGGCUGGUGGAUCAGCAGGACCAGAGACUUCAAAUGUGAUAGAUGCCAUGGAAAGCAAUCAGCACAAUAUAUGCCGUACUCGUGAAGCAAUCUUGCCUUUUGAAAUUUUGGAGCGGUUCCGGAUGCACGAGUUCAGUGAAGGAUCCCUGCAUCCAUUUGAGUGCACACAGAGCUAGUUUUUUCCUACUGAACUGCACAG